AACGCUUCAAAGUUUACCUCAUCCCCACCCCGAACCUGGAUAUUUAUGGCGAGUGUAUGAUGCAAAUCACACAUGAGAACACCUACCUUUGGGAUAUUCACAACAUGCGCAACAAACUGAUCACUUGGCCCCUGUGCUCGCAGCGGAGUUACGGGCGAGACAGCACUCGCUUCACCUUUGAGUCUGGACGUUUAUGUGACACAGGUGAAGGAUUGUUCACAUUCCAGACCCGAGAGGGAGAAGAGAUUUACCAGCGUGUGCAUGCAGCAACUCUCUGUAUCGCAGAGCAACACAGACAUAACAUCCUGGACAUGGAGAAGAACAUGAGA